CACUAAUCACAUCACAAUGCCUCAGUGUUCGGCUGCAUUCGUGUCGACUGCCCAGAGUCCACGGAGCCGCACAACUGACCUCAGGACUGAAUAUACCGACUCAGAGAAAGAACUCCUCUGUUCCAACAUGUCUCUGUACAGCUUCGGCUUGGAGCCUCUGUCCUGUCACGCCUGGAACAAAGACCGAACUCAGAUCGCCAUCAGCCCCAACAGCAGUCUGGUGAACAUUUACCAGAAGAAGGAGAAGGAGUGGAUCAAAAUCCACGAGCUGAAGGAGCACAGCGGGCGAAUCACGGGAAUCGACUGGGCCCCGGACUCAAACCGCAUCGUCACAUGCGCCUCAGACAGAAACGCCUACGUGUGGACGCUGAAGGACGGCGUGUGGAAGCCGACUCUCGUCCUCGUUCGCAUCAACAGAGCCGCCACGUGUGUCAAGUGGUCACCUCAGGAGAACAAGUUCGCUCUUGGAAGUGGAGCCAAACUCAUCUCUGUGUGUUACUUCGAGAAAGAGAACGACUGGUGGCUCAGUAAGCACAUAAAGAAAGGGAUCUGCUCGACCGUGCUCAGUCUGGACUGGCAUCCCAACAACAUCCUGCUGGCAGCCGGAUCAGCCGAUCUCCACUGCAGGGUUUUCUCCACGUAUAUCAAGGAAAUUGAGGACAAGCCUGGCCCGACACCAUGGGGAGCCAAGAUGCCGUUUGGUGAAAUGCUUCUGGAGCAUAAAGACUGUGGUGGCUGGGUACACAGCAUCGCAUUCUCUCCGUCCGGAGACGCGCUGGCCUGGGUCAGCCACAACAGCUCCAUCAGCGUCGCCGACGCCACGCAGAGCAAAGAGGUUACACAGCUGACUAUAGAACAUCUCCCCAUGCUCAGUGUGCUGUACAUCAGCGAGACCGAGAUUGUGGCUGCGGGUCAUGACUGCUGUCCCCACCAGUUCUCCUACAAAGGGCCUGGCAAACUGGAGUUCGUGCGAAAGCUGGGCAUCGCCAAGCAGUCAUCCAAAAACAGCAUGUCGGCCAUGCAGCACUUCCGCAACCUGGACAAAAAGGCCAAGACCGACGAGGAAGACAACGAGCUGAACACUCUACACCAGAACAGCAUCACCCAACUGUGUGUGGUGGAGGGAGACAAGGUCAAAGUGGAAAAGUUCAGUAGUGUCAGUCUGGAUGGAGCCAUGGUGCUCUGGGAACUCAAGCCUUGAAACUCGCUAAUAAGGCAGAAAGGUUUUGUGGCCGAUCCGACAUCCACGCUACACGAAAGAUCUCAGUGUCAUUCUGCUGCUGUGCUUACAAAUAUCAUUUAAGAUCAAUACUUUAUUUUCUUUUUAAAAAUAAACAUGUCAUACUGUUA